UGUCUAGGCAGCUCAGUGUGUCUAGGCAGCCAUGUGCGUCCAAGGUGAUAAGAAGGCAGAAGUCCAGGUCCUGGACACCCCUAGCCACAGGGUAACGUUAAGGUACUUGUGAGUUACCCGCCCCUGGUGAAUGAAAGCAAGAUCCACCCAGUGAGGCUCUGCAAGUGACCUGUUGCCUUGGGACAGGCUCUGUGACAAUCACAAUGGGAAGCAAAGGAAGGUUCGUCCUGCUCGGGCUCCUGCUCAUCCUGGCUGUCCUUUGCCGUUCAGGUCACAGCCUGGAGUGCUACUCAUGUAUCAAUCCAGUUAUAUCCUGCGAUAUCAACAUGACUUGUUCAUAUAAUUUCGACGCAUGUAUCUUGGUCAAAGCCGAGGUAGGAAGACAUUACUACCAGUGUUGGAGGAUGGAAGACUGCGAGUGGGACUACAUUUCCAGUGCCUUAGGGGAGACCAAGCUGACAUACGAAUGCUGCCAGAAGGACCUGUGUAACACGGAGAAGGAGGAGAGCGAUACAAGCCACUUGUCUGGGAGAACAACUCUGCUGGCAACCCCACUGCUGGCAGCAGCCUGGAGCCUUUGUCUCUAACUCAGCACUGGAGGGCUUCUCUGGAACUCCCUGUUUCUUAUAAAUAAGAUAGUCCUUA